GCUACUCACCUCAGGGAAUUAUCCCCAUACAUAAAAAAAUUUUAAAAUUAAACAAAAAAAAUUUGGCUGUUACUUCCCGUUGCGUCAAAAGAAUGCCACUGUCCGUACACCUCUCGCCGGCGGUGACCGGAGCAAUCCCGAGCCACCGGAGGAAGACUUGCAUGUUGAGAUCUCCGACCACAACAAGUCGUCGCUUCUCUUCGAAUCAUCCCGAGAUCCGAUACUCCACAAUCGCUGCCGCGACGAGGAUGCUGAGGAAAGCGCCGCAUCUGGUGGCCAAAGCCAUCGAACAGAGCCGAGAUACGACGGAAUCGGAGGCAGAGUCUGAUUCUCCGGCGGCGGAAGGCGCCGGAAAUAUGGAGGAGGAGCAGAGCUUGAUCGGAGCGGAGAUAAAAGCGGCGAUGGAGCAGAGGAAAUCGGCGGCGGCGGAGGAGGAGAGAGGGAAGAGUGAGCUUCUGAGCGGGGUGGCGGAGGAGGUGAGGGAGAUCGAAUGGCCGGCGUUUCAGAAGGUUCUCGGAACGACCGGAGUCGUGCUCGGAGUUAUCGCCGGCUCCAGUGUCGUCUUGCUCACAGUCAAUUUCAUCUUGGCUGAACUCUCCGACCGUGUUUUCGCCGGAAAAGGUGUUCAAGACUUCUUCAGCUGAAAGCACACGAAAGGUUUACCUUUUCCUUCCGGGCACUUGUACAAAUUUCUCUGAUAUAUUCAACAAUUUAAUGAUAAUGCAAUGAGAUUUUCCAACACAAAAGCUGAUUCCCAGA